AUGACGAUCUCCUCACUCAUUUCUCUCUUGCUGGCGCUCAUUGUCACGCUACGGAGUUCGCCAGUUUCAGCAUCCUCGGACUAUCAUGAACAGCUUAUACUCCAACCGCUCCCUCAAUCCUCCCUCCUAGCCUCAUUUAAUUUCCGGGGUAACACCUCUCAACAAUCGUUUGACAAUCAGCAUUUCCAAUACUUCCCGCGAGCUCUAGGCCAAAUCCUCCAGCACGCACAUACCAAAGAGCUUCACCUUCGCUUUACUACCGGACGAUGGGACGCUGAAAGUUGGGGCCCUCGGCCGUGGAAUGGUAGCAAGGAAGGAGGCACUGGUGUUGAGCUUUGGGCGUGGAUUGACGCGGCGGAUGAUAAAGAAGCAUUCGCGAAGUGGAUCACAUUGACUCAAUCGCUGUCCGGGCUGUUCUGCGCCUCGCUGAACUUCGUCGACUCAACCCGUACAACUAGACCAGUCGUUUCCUUUGAGCCAACCGGUGACCACCCAGCAGUUGAUAGCUUACACCUGCUUCACGGGACCCUUCCUGGAGAGGUCGUAUGCACAGAAAACUUGACUCCUUUCUUGAAAUUGCUUCCCUGCAAAGGUAAAGCUGGAAUCUCAAGCCUCUUCGACGGCCACAAACUGUUUGAUGCAGCAUGGCAAAGUAUGUCGGUGGAUAUGCGCCCAAUCUGCCCCUCGGAUGGCGAGUGUAUCAUCCAGAUCGAACAGACUGUGGACAUGGUUUUGGACAUAGAACGAUCCAAGAGAUCCCGAUCUAACCCCAUUCCGCGUCCUGUUCCAAAUGAACAAUUGCUUUGCGACACCUCUAAGCCCUAUAACUCACAUGACACUUGCUACCCUCUUGAGAAGGCGAGCGGAAACGCAUGGAGCCUGCAAGAGGUAUUUGGGCGAACCUUAAAUGGCGUUUGCCCUCUCGCUGAAUCGGAUGGCUCAAGUGACCAAUCUGUCUGUCUUCGUGUACCGCACGAGCGCCAAGUCUUCCACUCGGAGGGUGCAGUCGAACACAAGAAGGCAGAUGGGUUUACCCGUUGUUUCGCUCUUUCAUCCUCUCAGCCUUUCGAUCUCUCGAUCCCGGAACAAGCCGUGCAAACUGAAGUUCCACUCGAUGAACCAGUCCUCCACGCAGAGCGAACGAUUGUGGGCCAUGGUCAGGAACGUGGCGGCAUGCGAAUCAUUUUCGGCAACCCUUCCAAAACCACCGACGUAGACUUUAUUUUGUUCGAAUCCCUUCCUUGGUUCCUUCGGCCAUAUAUCCAUACACUGCAGGCUAUCAUCACGGGUCCCGAUGGGGUGCCACGCGAGGUCCCUGCCUCCGAGCUUGUGACUGGAACAUUCUAUCGGCCUGCGAUCGACCGUGAACGCGGUACCCAGCUGGAACUGGCAUUGUCUGUUCCAGCUGCUUCGACGGUCACCUUGACGUAUGACUUUGAGAAGGCUAUCCUACGAUACACGGAAUACCCGCCAGAUGCCAAUCGCGGAUUCAAUGUUGCCCCCGCUGUCAUCCGAAUCCUGAACGCACCGGAUAGCGCCCCCAUCUAUAUCCGAUCGACCAGUUUGCUGCUGCCGCUACCGACCCCCGACUUCAGUAUGCCGUAUAACGUGAUCAUUCUCACUAGUACUGUGAUUGCACUCGCGUUUGGUACUGUCUUCAACAUCCUGGUGCGACGAGUUGUGUCGGUGGACGAGGCGGCUGCGCUUGGCGCGCAGGGCCUGAAGGGCCGAAUUUUGGGCAAGCUGGUGGCUAUUCGUGACCGGCUCAAGAAGAAGGAGACCAAGGUUGAUUAG